AUAUGUUACAUAAAAAAGAAGAUUAAUGCUUCAAUUUAAAACUUUGCUUUUGAAUGUAUUGUUAACUAAUAGUAUCUGUUGUCAAUUUUAUUAUGACACAACAUACAAAUCAGAUAAUUCAUUGGUUUAUUCCUUGCAAAAGACUUAUCCUGCUGCACAUUAUGAAGCCUUUUUGAGAUAUCCAACAUCUUCAUCUGCAAUGAGUACUCUAGUUCCAUCCUCAAUUGCAUUGAGUGUUCCAUCUACAUCUGCAAUAAUUGUUACAUCUUCAGCUGCUACAAGUGAAUUAUUGGUUCAUAAAAAAGUGGAGCUAUGUUUGCGGAUGAAGUGAAACAAGAUUGAUUUUACAUAUGAUGCCUAUAGACGGCUCUGGCUUCCUUCACGUGGUGUCUAUUGUUAAAAAUGAUUUAUUUAGUUUCAUUAUUGGAAUUUUAAAUAAUAUCAUUUACUAAAAGCCAAGACAUAAAUUUAUAUAUUUUGUAUUUUAAAACUUUUUAAAAUAUAAGUUUUAAAACUUUGGUUAAUUUUUACGGUGGAUACUCAAACUUGCAUCUUGUAAUGUGGUAAGAUUAGUAAAUUUAUGUCUCUCUUUUUACACAAUUUAAAGACAUUUUUGAAAUUUUUAUUGACAUUUUUUUAAAGUUUAAAUAAGAGGAGGGGGGCGUUGGGUGUGGCACACACCCCUCUCCUCACUAACAUGGUAAAAUAAUCUUGAAUACUAAUUUCUCUUUUUAAAUAAACUCAGUUUAAAACCAUUUUUCAAAUAUCUUUUAACAUUUUUUUUUUAGGUUGGAGAAGGCUGAGAGGAAGGUAGGGGGUGCUAAGGGUGGCAUCGUCCCGCCCCUAAUUUCAAUUUAUGCACCACUUGUAUAUGCUGUUAUGUAAAAAAAUAUAGUUUAAACUUUUUAACACAAAAUAUAAUGUGUUAAAAAGUUAUUUUUUAGGUUCAAAUAUUUAUAAGAUGGUAACAUUUCACUACGAGGGUGUUAAAACGUAACAAAGACAUCCACCCUUUAAUCUAAAAUAUACCACUAAUAUUUGGAAAUGUAAUGGAAGCAAAUAUACUGUUAAUAUAAUUUAACCAAUAUAAUAAAAAGUGUCAAGCAAAAUAACAACUUCAGAAAAAGUUUUUUAUAUUUCUAAAAAGAUAUUUAGCAAAAUACUACAAAAAACACACUUCUAUAUUGAUGAUAAUAAUUGGAUUGUUGGCAGGAAAAUAAAAAUGGCAGGCGUGUUUGAAAAGAUAAAUUAUUGAUUUAAUAAUCUUUGAAUAAUUAGAGAAGUCUCAGUAAUUUCUUUUAUAAAUAAAUAUAUACUAUCAGAAAAAGAACUACUAAUCUGAAAUUAAAUAAAAAAUAG